AUGGAUACAAACGUCGUGAUCAUCACCCACGGCCUGACGUUGCAGAUGCUCAUCAAACGAUGGUUUCACCUCACCGUGGAUACGUUUCACAAGAUGCGGCCCCCUCCCUCCGGCUCCAUUUCGAUUUUAACGCGGCUCCACCACCAAAGUUGUUACCGGUUGAACGAAAACAGCCUCGAGAUGAUGCAAUUGCCUUUUUCGCUCAAUGAGCAUAAUGGGUAUAAAUACCGUAAUAAGCGCCUGCUUGGUUCGAUGAGCUCCGGCGCCCCUUAUAUGUAG